AUGGAACAAACAAAAAGUGACAUUGUUAGGAAAAGUAGCGGUGAUGAAAACAAUGGGAACAAACCAAGUGGGACCGGAACACCAUCACGACUUGCCCAUGAACCCCCAUCUGUUAGGCAAAUUGAAACACUGUAUCCAAUUGAUGCCAAACUAUUACAAUACCAUUUCAUUCUGGACAAGGUCGAUGUUUUCUUAGGCAAGGUUCAAAAACUUAAGCUUGAAAUUAAGCAAGAUACGAAUUUUGUUAUUGAUCCACAAACCAUAUUACUACUAUCAGGAACAAUUUUCAAUAUCAAUGACAACUUCUACCGUCGUUCGGAAAUCCUACAAAUGUGUCAAAAGUUUAAUCCCUCCCAGAAAAUCAAUCUGUCACCUAUAAUAUCACCAAUAUCUUUCGAUUCAUUAGAAAAUAUUGGAAAAAAUUCACCAGUCGGGCCGUUCGGGAUAAGUCUAGACAAAUGUGUUCCUUUGCCUUCGAGAAAGAAGAUGAAUGAUACCUUAUUUUUAUUAGAGAAUUUACUAAAUUCCGUUUACGAUAUUACUUUGCAAAGGUUUGAGAGUUUAUUGAUAAACUUUAAUAAUCAACAUGGCCUGAAGGAGACCAAAAGUUCAAUAAAGGAAAAACUGGUAUUUUUGGAUUUUGACGAAAUAAAAUCAAUAGAUAAAUUCAAUUUUCAAGACGUGCCAAAAAUUGAUUUGAAAAAACAAGAAUAUAUCCGUAAAUAUUACCUAACUUCGCAGUUUCAGUUCCUAGAAGUUUUAAUUGGCGAUUACAUACAUAUUGUUGACAAUAUUAAACAAUCCAUCCACAAUUCAAUCAUUUCUUUAACUAAACAGAAAACUCAAAAUAAUAGAACCAACCCUCUAUUUGCUAUGUAUACUAACCUAUUAAGAUUGGCGGAUCUUUAUGUCGAAAUCAGAAAAAUUGGUAAAACAAUUUAUUUCCAGAAUAUCAAUUAUUUCCAGCCGUAUACAAAGCAAAGAACCGCACUAAAGGCCACGUUAUCACAAAUGAACAUUUUGUUUACUCAGUCAAAACAAAAUGGCAUGCUAUUAAGUUUAAUAUCAAAGUAUGCUAGGCGUACCGAAAUCAAAAAUUUGAGAAUGGAUUUUAAUAUAUUUGUCUCUGAGUUCAGAAAAGUUUCGCUUGAAAUGGUUACCCUGCUUGACAAAAUGAUUGGCGUAUUGAAGGGCAUACAUGGCGAAUUUACAUUAAUAGUCGGUGAGGGGAAAGAUAAUGAUUUCAGUACAGAAUAUAUCAGAAGCAAGCUCAGAGAGCGUGCAAAUUCGGAAAGAGUAAAACGUUUAAGUAUGAUUCAUAUGCAGCAAGAAGAAAUGAAGGUCAAACUGGAGCAUCAAAUUGCAGGUGCUUCGGUAGCAAAUAAUAUGAGCCAUAUAAAUAAAAGACUAAAUUUAGUCCAAGCAGGAAAACAGGAGGUGACACCCCAGCCAACAAUUGUAAGAAGAGUUGAGCACAGAAACAUAACACCAAACACUCAACUUGCCAGACGUGCUUCAAUAAAUGGUGUUAUUCCAGCUCAAUCUUCUUCUCGAUUAUCUUCAUUGAAAGGAUCUUCUCACUCUCCAUUUUAUAGACCUAAUGCUAGUGGAAGUGCAAGCCCAUCUGUUAACAGUUCAAGGUCCAAUUCAUUAACAAGAACAGAUGGCAUGAGACAAAUCGCAAGGAAAGUGAGCCUUGAUAGUCUUACAAUAGGAUCAAUAUCCGAAGAUGGCGCAUUUGUUGAACCACCUAAGAUCAGCGAAGAUGGGGUUGUCAGUUCACAAUCUACUAGCAGUCAAAGUAGCACACCUACAUCAUCUAAAAUAUCCUCAGACACAACAAAAACACCAACAACGCAAAAAGUGACAAGGAGCAGCUCAAGAUCUAAUUCCCUUACAUCUUCGCCUAGCUCAAGGGCACAACUAUUACAAAGAAGGGGAAGUGUUAAUCUAUCCACUCCUCCUGGUAUUGCUUCACCAGCAUCCAGGUCGGAAUAUUUGAGAAGGAGAGCCAGUGUGAAUCUUUCAUCGCCGUCUAAUUCAACAAACAGCUUAACGCGUACUAAUGAUCAAAGGGAGGUAGUCCAGCGAAAACCAAAUGUUAACACUUCUUCUCCAUCAACAUCAAAUUCUAAUAAAUUAGUGUCACAACCAUCAACAUCGUCCCCAGGUAAUCUUGAAAGGAGAAGAUCCGUCAUUGGAGUACCCAAUGAAGUUUCCUCUUAUAGCAAAUCUGCAGCAAUACAGGCUAAUAAGAACUCUACACCAGUACAUCUGACUGCACAACAGAGAUUGCAACAGCAUAUCAUGAAAGCAUCGCGUAAUGGUACCAUGUAUGCCCAGCAAUUGCAAUCCCCUAGAAAGACUCCAAAUUCUAGUACUAGUCCACCUUCUGGGGAGGAGACCCCAACCUUAAUUGUUAGUCCCCCAUCGCCAGCUGCCAAACCGCCAAUUGAUGAUUUGCCGACAAGCCCUUUGAAUUCCUUGAAGACUGGAUCUAUGGAAGCACAAAAGACAAUUAAAAUGCAAUUGCUGAAUAGAAGUAGAUCAGGUUCAGAUGCUAAUCUCUCAAAUUAUUCACUCCAGGAUAAAUUGUCACCAUCCAAACCCAAAGGGCUUACUUCAUCGUCACCUUCUCCUACGAAAAUUAGAAGCCGAAGCAACUCAGCUUCAGUUGCAAGAAAAUUGGCGCUUACGUCAGAUAAGGCUAGUAACUCAGGUAGCGCCAGUGUGAGUAGAAAUAGAAGCAGGGCAAACAGUGCAAGCUCCAGGCAAACGCUAUCAAGAAAUAAUUCUGUUUUGGGUGGGAAUACUAUGGUGUACAAACCAGAAGAUACUCAUUUAGAUGAAAGUGAGGAGAAACGAGUUAGAUUUACAGGAGUACAGGAGUAUACAGAGGAUGAAGACGCACCUACACCACAAAGAAUGCAAAAACAAAUUAGGCAAAAGUGGGCAGCUUACAAACCGUUGUUUCGUAAACUUAAUUCACAAGAAGGUCUUGCUUUAAAACUGCAUAAAGGUGAUGUAGAUGACGUUGUUCAACUACCCAGCGUUUUGAUGAGCCAAUUCAACGGAGAAGCCCCUCCCAAAGUGAAAACAACACUGAGAGAGUCAACACAGAUCAGUGCAGCCCAAUCUGCAGCAUCGAAACUAUCAACCAAGUUCAGCCUGUUUCGUAAAAGGAAAUGA